AUGAAUUUCCAAACAGACUGCGCUCAGUUGGUUAAGAUGGUGUCCAAACCGGCAAAGUGGCCAGCUUUUGAGAUUUUGCUUCAAGACAUGGAGAACUACAGAAGGAUGUUCCAGGCGUUCUCCCUCACACACAUCUCCAGAGAAAAAAACACGAAGGCAGACAAGCUAGCACGGAGUGCUCGAGAUCGGCCUCACAAUGUGUACUUCAUAAACUCAAUUCCACCGGCUUCGCUUCUCGAACCCCGCUAUAAGAAUUUAGACUCUUUAUCAUCGGUCGGUAGUUUAGCCAAUCAAAACGCUGCCGAAAUACACAUACAGAAACGGCUCCAUCGACUAAACAAAAUUCGGUUAACGUUGGCGGAAGGCUCAGAACACCUGAGUCCCUACGUACCGGCUUGUGGAGAAGACCCAGAUCUCAAGUCCUUUGAUACUUCGCUUCACCAACGAACCAACAAGAUAAUCAACUCGCUCGACGUUCAAACCGACAUGACUCAAUCUUUACACUUAGACUUACUCAUUGAGGCCUACAACUUUCUAUUUAAAGCAAGCCAGGAAAUUGUAGACAUCAUUAUUGAAAGCAAAGAAGACGUGGGUAAGCACAAAGAACUAAGCUCUCUGGUUGAAUUGUAUUUAGAAAAUACCACCGAGACCUUAAAGUUAUUCAGUAGCGUGGAUAAGUUCGUUGAGAGAGCCAAAAAUAGCCAGCUUAUCAUUCGAUAUGCGGUACAACAGUUUGAAGCAGAGUCGGAGGUUCAGAGUUCCUUAUUCUCAUUCUUCUUAGCAGUAAUUCAACGAUGGAUUCUGGGAGGACGUAAGGAGAAGAAGAAGUAUGCGAAAACGUUAGAGGAACUGAACAAGUUUAAAGCCAAGGGAGAUCUUCUUGGGGAAGAGUUGGUCGCUCAUUACGAGUCUGUCUUGGCGCAGCAGGUCAAGCUUCUGGAGGACUUCUGUCAGCAGAAAGUAAAGCUUGACAAGAAACUUAAGAAGGUGAAGAAACUCAAGUACUUUUCGUGUGCGUUUUUUGUUAUUGCGGGUGUCAGUGUUUCGGUCGCAUCGGUAGUUGCACUCGCAGUUUUAGCCCCACAUACGGCUCCGGCUGCAGCAGCUCAUCUUGGUCACACGGCGUCAGCUCAUUUUGGUUCAAUGGCGGCGGCAUCUCAAAUGGGUCAAUUAGCCCGACCAAUUGCAUCUACAGGGAAAUGGGUCGGCGAGCUGUUAAACAAGUACGAGAAAGAUGUGAAGUCACAGAAGGGUUUGCUCACAAUGACGGAACAGAGUACGACUGUCAACAAAGGAGCGACGGAGACCAUAAGUUCCCAAGUCAAAAGCCUAACAGGGAAAAUCUCGUCUAUUUUAGAGCAAGUGGACUUUGCUGUGGAAAGAGAAGAAGAGGAGAAGGACACGAGACUUGCCAUGCAAGAAAUCAUGAAGAACGUUGAGGAGUACACUAAGAAGAUCGAGGAAGUUGGUGAAACUGCUGCCAAGUUAAGCAAAUCGAUCGUUUCGGGGAGAGCUCGCCUUCUUGAUUACAUUGCCAAUUCAACGGGAAAGUGA